UCAUCAUCGCACAGCCGAUCUGCUUCACAGCCGAUCUACUUCACAGGUGAUCUCUGAUUUUUUUCAUCAUCGCACAGCCGAUUUUUUUCAUCGCACAGCCGAUCACUCUCUUUCUCAUCUCAUCGCGCCGAUCAUCAUCGCACAGCCGAUCUGCUUCACAGAGCCAAAGUUGUGUCAAGUAAUGGAAGUAAAGAAAAGAAAUAAAUCGCCAGGGCAUAAGAGAAGAGAGAGGGAAAAGGGAUGCAAAAUUGAAGCCACUAAAGUUGAUCCGUACAAUAUUGAAGGUGAAGCAGACAAGUCAGAUGAAGCAAAGAGAGAAAAGAAAAAAAGAAAAUUGUUGAGGAAGAAAAAAAAGAAUGACGUGACAAAUAAAGCUGAAAUUAGCGAAGUUGAUGACCUAUAUAAUGAAGUGGAAGGUGGCUUUGAUGAACAGAAUGGUGCACAUGCAGAUAGAGAAAACAAAGAGAGAAAAUUGAGGAAAAAGAGGAGAAAAAGUGAGAACACAAUGAAAUCUGGGGUUGACAAAGUCGAUGAACUCAGUAAGGAAGCUGAAGAUGGAUCUAAAGAAGAUAAAGGCAAGUCAAAAAAGUCUCGUAAGACUAAGAAGAAUGACUGCCCGUCAUCAAACAAAGAUGAGAAAUUACUGGAGAAGAGAGCAGAAUCUGAACAAAAUGAAGUCUAUGAGAUAUCUUCAGGAGAUGAGGACUGCUCUAGAGGAAUGAAAAAGUGGAUUACAGAAUACCAUCAAAAUAGACCAGGGUUAAACAUAUUGCAACAAAGGAUUGAUGAUUUUAUAAUUGCUUACGACGAACAAGAGGAGCAGGCAAGAAAAGAAAGCGAAGCCCUUGCUGCUGAAGGUGGAUGGACUGUUGUGGUACAUCACAAGGGUCGGAAAAAGACAACAGAUACUGAAAGUGGAAUUACUGUGGGUUCUGUUGCCCAUGCUGCUGUUCUGGAAAAUAUGGCCAAGAAGAAAAGUAAAGAUGUUGGGUUAGAUUUCUACCGGUUCCAGAAAAGAGAGGCCCAGAGGAAUGAGAUUAUGACUCUUCAAAGCAAAUUCGAGCAGGAUAAAAAGCGGAUACAGCAAUUGAGGGCUAAAAGAAAGUUCCGGCCCUACUGAAUGCUGCCGACAAUCUACAAAGAAAGAUCAAUGGCCAAAGCAUCUCACCUGUUCUUUCGAUUAUUAGAAUUUUAUGUUUGAGGAUGGUUCAUUACCUUAACAAUUAAAAACCUUGCUUUCUUUCCCUUCCUUUUUUUGCUUGUAGGAGUGAUGAGAAAAACCAAUUGCACAAUGAUUUAAUGUGAUACAUGUACCGUUUUGAGAUCAA